CUUCAAAUGCUUCAAGUAUUUCUUUAGCCAGUCACAAGAAAAAAUUGCCACCACACAAAAAACACUGAAAGUAUGACCAAAGAAGCAACAUGGUUAAUGUACCAAACCUGCUUGGCUCUCCUAGUCUGCUUAUUACCGAAGGUCAAAACAACCACUGAAAACCCAGAACUUUCAACUGAACACGAGGAAUUUUUCAUGAACUCGACACAUGAUGUUGAAAAUAUCGGAACAUCAUCGAGUAUCAUUUUUAAUAUGGUUCUAUUUGGAGACACACAAAUAUCUGACAUGAAUGAAACUGUUAGCAGCAGCAGCAGCAACAGCAGUAAUAGUAGUAUCAGCAGCAUUGGUAACAACAUCAACAGCAAUGACAGUAGCAUUAACAGCAGCAAUGGUAGCAGUACUGACAGCGGUGACAAACCAUUGGUAUCUACUGAUGAAGAUAUUAUCAUGGAGCCACCAGGCUGGGAACCUGUGAAUUCAAUAAUAGUUGCAAACUGUUCCAAUUCAAAUAGCUUCAGCAUGGAGUUGUAUGAUGACUUGUUUCAACGUUAUGAUGAUAUAAAUACAUUUUUUCUUUUGGCAAGUCUUUCACAGCAUGCAGCUUUUAAUCUUGCAGAGGACAUCCUAAAUAUAUUUCAAAUAUAUUUCAGUGUGGAUAAAUGCCAUCUUGAUAUUGUCAUGGCAAUAACUUAUAUGGGAGAUACAAGUAACAGUGUCUCUCAAUCUGAGGUAAAGUAUGUGAUUUAUUUCGGUGGCAUUACUGCAAGAAUAAUUGACAAAUCCGAGAAGGUAGUCAUUGAAAAAUUAACCAACUACCCAAUCAAGCUCAACGAUCCUACAACAGUAAAUCUAAAAGAGAAUCACUCUACCACAGUUUUACCCACAUCUCUUGAUCCCAAGGGACAUAAUCAGGGUUUACCACGGUCACUGAUUAUUAUCCUCUGUGCUAUCUUUACAAUCAUCAUUCUUCCUAUAUCAGUAAUUUUCUUCCUCUGUCAAAAAAGGAAAGGUCAUUAUAAGAUGAAAAAUGUCACAACUUCUUCUGAAGAAGAACAAGAAGCAGAAACGAAUGAUGAAGAAACUAUAUCAUGUGAAGGACAUGUCAUUGAGUUAAAAAAUCUUAAUGAAUCAUAUCAUAUAGUCCCAUAUUACUCUACAUUAGUUACCAACAACAAAAUAAAUGUUUCACAAAUACUUAAGAAAUUUAGUCUUUGGAUACAAACUUGACAAUUCACCUAUUCAGAUUAUAAACAUAUGUUUCAAUCUUCAGUCUGUACCAGCUGUCAUCAAUCCCUAAAAGUGAUAUUUAGAAAAUAAGGGAAAGUAUAGCCAGUAGCCAUUAAGAAGUCUUAAAGACCAGAAUUAUCUCACUAUCUAUGAAUUAAAAUCAUGCAUGGAUUAUUUAUCCACCAAGUUAUUAGACAUGCAUGGUUCCAGUUCUAAUAUGUUUGUAGAAGUGUGCACAUUUAAUGUUUAAUAUGUGUCUAAAAUCUGAAAAAUUGGAGGAAAAUAAACAAAUAAACAACUAUUAAUAUAGAUGAGUAUGCUUGUAUUUAUUGAUGUAUAUUUAGUUAUGUAUUGUGUAUCUAGUAUUGCAUGAUCUAGAUAUCAAUCAUCAUUCAUAAAAAGUUCAAAAGUUAAAUACAACAAAUAGAUAUUUUUUCAAUAUCAAUUACAUAUAUCAUAAAACAAGUUCACAAACCUGCUUACUAAACCAUUACUAAUGAUUUUCACAAAGCAAGUAUGUAUAUUCAACAGCACUGUCCACAAUUAUUUCAAAAUGAAUAAAACAAUACAAAGUAAUACAACACACACACACACACA